AUGCUUUCUCCAAACACCUUUUUGCCAGAUUUUUGUGUUCCUGACACAAUAAACCAAGUAACAGAUGGUUUUGAGUUGGAAGGUUCAACAUCUUCACCUUCAUCUUUCACAAGCUCAAAUGAAGAAUACCCAGAAGGGACAAGAUAUUCCAAUAACUUCCUGAGAUACAUAACUGACAUCCUCAUGGAUGAAGAAGAUGAAUUAGAGCGCCAACCCUGCAUGUUGCAGGAAUGUCUAAGACUCCAAGCUGCUGAAAAAUCAUUCUAUGAUGUUCUUGGCCAGAGCUAUCCUAAUUCAUCAUGUGAUGAUACCACUGACCCUGAUGGAAGUUUCGGUCCCGCCGCUAGUUUUGAGAGCAAUAACAGCAGCUGCACGUGCACCACUGAUAACACGUAUGAAUCUGAUUGGGUCAAUCUUGUUGGAGAAAUUAACUCUUCAUUACCUCUACAAACCCCUUUAGUAGAACAAAACUACUAUGAGAUGACAGAACCUGAUCCAGUUGUCAUUGAGUCACAAGCUGCUAAUUAUUUUCACAAUGGAACUUGGAGUUCGAAUGAUAUUCAACCAGUGAUAGUUGCAGAGGAUUCAGCUUCAUUAGUACCAAGAGAAAAGAGAAGUCAUAAGACAGAUGAUAAUGAUGAUACUUCUAAUGAAAAAGAGGGAAGAGACAGCAAGGUUUCAGCUAUCUUCUCUGAUGAAUUAGAGGCACCAGAGAUUUUAGAUGAGGUGCUGCUUUGUCAGAUAGGAAGGACUCAAAACCUACAAGCAUCACAGAAUCUUGAUUCAGGAGAAAAGGCAACGGCAACUAGUUCGCGUUCAAAGAAAGUAUCUAGAAAUAACAAUGCCACAGCUGUGGAUUUGUGGACCAUGCUAACUCAAUGUGCGCAGGCUGUGGCGAGCUAUGAUCAGAAGAAUACAAAUGAGCUACUUAAGCAGAUUAGGCAACAUUCUUCACCAUUUGGGGAUGGGCUCCAGCGUUUAGCUCAUUACUUUGCUGAUGGUCUUGAGAUCAGAUUGGCUGCUGGGACGCCGUCGUAUAAGGCGCUUGAUGUGGCAACUGCGGGAGAUAUGUUGAAAGCAUACAAACUAUUUGUUACCUCAUCUCCUUUGCAGAGAAUGACAAAUUUGUUAUUAACCAAAACGAUUCGCAGUGUAGUGAAGAAUGAGAGCAGCAUUCAUAUUAUCGAUUUUGGAAUUUGCUAUGGUUUCCAGUGGCCAUGCCUUAUCAAAACACUUUCAACACGACAUGGUGGUCCUCCAAAGCUUCGCAUUACGGGUAUUGACCUUCCUCAGCCAGGAUUUAGGCCUGCGGAGAGGGUGGAGGAAACCGGGCGGCGGUUAGAAAACUUCUGCAAGAAGUUCAAUGUCCCAUUUGAAUACAACUGCAUUGCACAGAAAUGGGAAACUAUACGGCUCGAGGAUCUAAAGAUAGACAGGAAUGAAAUAACUCUUGUUAGCUGUUUGUACAGACUGAAAAACCUUCCUGAUGAAACUGUGGCAGUGAAUUGUCCAAGAGAAGCUGUGUUGAAGUUGAUCAAAAAGAUUAAUCCAAAAAUCUUUUUCCAUGGAGUUGUAAACGGAAGUUAUAGUGCACCAUUUUUCCUGACUCGGUUUAAGGAAGCACUCUACCAUUUCUCAUCGCUGUUCGAUAUGUUCGAGGCUAAUGUGCCUCGCGAAGACACGCAGAGGUUGAUGCUUGAGAAAGGGUUGUUUGGAAGGGAUGCUAUAAAUGUUAUAGCUUGUGAGGGUGCAGAGAGAGUUGAAAGGCCUGAGACCUACAAGCAAUGGAAGAUCAGGAACAGGAGAGCAGGGUUCAAGCAAAUCAGGUUGGAUACUAAGUUAGUGAAUGAAACCAAAGCAAUGUUGAAGAGGGAAUACCAUAAAGAUUUUGUAGUUGAUGAGGAUGGUAAGUGGAUUUUGCAGGGAUGGAAAGGGCGAAUUUUGAGUGCUUUUUCUGCUUGGGUUCCUGUUUAA